UCAUUAGCUAUCGCUCCGUUGCCAAAAGCGCUCCCUUAUUCUCUUUCUAGCUUAUUUGAUAAACCAUUUUUCUCUCCUUCCAGAUGUUCUCUCAAUCCCAAUCCCAUUUCCUUUCAUUCCCCUCCAAACCCCUCUCUUUCUCUCCCUCCUCUCCCAACAAAACUCCCUUCCUCUCACGCCCCGCCUUCAAAAUCCCCACUAUUUCUCUCCGAUCUAAACCCAUGAUUCCCCACUCCAAACUCUCUUCUCACACCGACCCUUCGUUGUUAAACGACACCCAUCUCGACCGUUUCGUCGAGGUCGGAAACAAGCUAGCCGAUGCCGCCGGUGAAGUCAUUCGCAGCUUUUUUAGGAAGAAAUUCGACAUUAUUGAUAAAGAAGAUUUGAGUCCAGUGACCAUUGCCGAUCAAGCUGCUGAGGAAUCUAUGAUUUCCAUUAUAAUGGAGAGCCUUCCCUCUCAUGCAAUUUAUGGGGAGGAGAAAGGGUGGAGAUGUAAAGAGGAAUCUGCAGAUUAUGUUUGGGUUUUAGACCCAAUAGAUGGCACAAAAAGUUUCAUUACUGGAAAACCGGUGUUCGGUACUCUCAUUGCUUUGCUGAAGAACGGUAAACCAAUUCUUGGUAUAAUUGAUCAGCCUGUCCUUGGAGAAAGAUGGAUUGGAAUAAGUGGAAGGGCAACUACAUUGAAUGGACAGGAGGUGGCUACACGAACUUGUACAGAACUGUCACGAGCGUAUUUGUAUACCACAAGUCCCCAUCUGUUCAGUGGAGAUGCUAACGAGGCAUUUGCCCGUGUUAGAGACAAGGUGAAAGUGCCACUAUAUGGCUGUGACUGCUACGCCUAUGCCCUCUUGGCUUCCGGUUAUGUGGAUCUUGUCGUCGAGUCUGGUCUCCGGCCCUACGAUUUCCUCGCACUUAUACCUGUUAUAGAGGGUGCUGGGGGUGUUAUAAGUGACUGGAAAGGAAAUCAGCUCCAUUGGGAAGCUUCUGCAAGUUCGCAAGCUACAAGCUUUAAUGUAGUGGCAGCCGGAGACGAAAAGAUUCACCGACAAGCUUUAGAUGCCCUGCAAUGGCAGUGAGACUUUGGCUAUAUCUUUAACCUCAAGAAAUCAACUAUGAAACACAAUCAGGUGGGACUGCAUUUAGCAUGCUUCCUAUGUUGUAUACGCAUGUGAUGAUUCCUUAAUGAUGAAUAAUAGAGGUAAUAAGGAUGUCAGAAUCGAUCGAGACUGUUAAAAAACGUCGAAAUUUUAAUCGAAUGAAAUUUUGUUUAUUUGGUAUCGA